UUUGAUCUCUUGCUAACUCAUUAUCGUACGAGUAACUAAACUAAGCUAAGCUAAGCUAAGCUAGCCUAGCUCAUCACUUCUUCUUCUUUCCAUCAAAUAUUUUCUACACAUAAAAGGAAAUUAAACACUUCAUUUCUAUUUAUUAUUAUUCAUUCAUAAUUCAAAAAAUAUAUAUUUUUUUUACAAAAAAAAAAAAAGUAUGGUGCGCCAUUCUUGUUGUACAAAACCAAAGUUGAAGAAAGGGUUAUGGUCUCCUGAAGAAGAUGAGAAGCUCUUUAAUCACAUUACUCGUUUCGGCGUCGGUUGCUGGAGUUCUGUCCCUAAGCUUGCUGGUUUGCAAAGGUGUGGAAAGAGUUGUAGGUUGAGAUGGAUUAAUUACUUAAGACCAGAUCUUAAGAGAGGAGUGUUCUCUAAGGAAGAAGAAGAUCUUAUUGUUAGUCUUCACCAAAUUCUAGGAAAUAGGUGGGCACAAAUAGCAUCACAAUUACCAGGAAGAACAGAUAAUGAGAUAAAAAACUUCUGGAAUUCAUGUCUGAAAAAGAAGCUGAUGAAACAAGGGAUUAACCCACAAACACAUGAACCUCUGUUAACUAAACUGCAGCCUAAUAAUAACAUCAACAUCAUCUGCAACAAUGGCUUUAAAACCGCAGCUGAAACCCAGAAUGUAUUGCGAGCUGUCAAAAUGGAACAACCACCAUUUCCUCUCAGCAACACUGCAGAGUUAACAACAAACACAAGUUCAUUCUCAUCCUCAUUGAGUUCCCACCAAUUCAGUUUAAUACAGCCUGUUUUUACUGGGUUGUCGUCGUCUCAGAGUUAUCUGAGUCUGCUUAAACCGAUGAUGGAGUCGUCGCAGUCUCAGUUACAGUCGCAGCAGUAUUUUCUGCAGCAGAGUUGUUUUACUGAUAAUAAUUUCGAGAGCCAGAAUUUGGGGUCAGAUUCUGUGAUAUUCAGUGAAGGGAAAGAGUGUUCGAGUAGCAGUUCGAAUAAUACUAGUAAUAAUAAUAUGAUGGUUAAUUCUAAUAAUAAUAAUGGAAGAUUUUCCUGGGAAAGUUGCAGUACAGAUCAUCAUCAACAGCAGAACAAGUUUGAUCAGUCUGAAAUUUUCCAGUUUCCUGUUAAUUUUGGAGGGAUGAUUAAAAUGGAAGCUGAUCAAACAAGUCCAUGGGAGGAAGAUCAAGAUUUAGUAACUGCAGCAGCAGGAAACCUUGAUUAUUUCUUACAACACAUUUCUUGAAUGAGAAACUUAUUAUUGUUAUUAAAGUCAUUAAGUGUGUGUUGACUGAUAGACGACUCUGAGGGAUAGCUCAGUUGGUUAGAGCUUCUAUCCCGGUUUCAAGUGAUCAUGGGGUCAAUUCUCAUCACCGCCCUUGUGGCUAGCUCAUUCGCAUAAAAAAAAAACCGGAUAGGCGACUCUUUUUCGUUCGUCCUGUUACACUGUACGGAGUAUAUGAUCCGCUUUCCAAUGGGUUGCCCCAUUUUGGCUCAACGGGUCAUACCCUUGUCAACUUUACGGGGCUUAACCUUUUAUGUCUGAUUAAUUGGUUUUGGGAUGAAACCACGUGCUAUUCAGCUUGGCAGCAUAUAGGUUGAAAAGGUAUCAAACAAGUACACCAAAAGUAGCUGAAAGAGCAUAUACAUUGCUCAUUGAAAAGUUAAAGAUGAGAAGAAAAAAAUGUGAGUUGAAGAAUUUUUUUGUUUUAAUGAUUGAUCAUUUUAAUUUGUUAUUCUUUCUUUGUCAAUUUUUUUUUUGGGGUGUGAUUUUGACAAAUUAAUUAUUAGGGGGUGCAAAAUUCUUAGUCAAGGUGGUUUUGUGAUUGAUUUAGUUUCUGCAAUUUAUUCAGUGAGAAAAAUGGUGAAUAGAAUAGUGUUAUGAUGUUAUUGAAUGUACAAAGUUUUAAAUUGAGGGAAACUAAUUUUGUGGUCCAUAUAAAAUAAUUAUUUGAUUUCCAAAAAAAUGUACGUGUAACAACUUAAUAUUUUAAAUUGAAUGUACCAAGCCAUUAUUGUGGUCCAUGUA